AUGAGGGUCCCGGCGGGAUCUCAAAUUUCCUGGCGGUGGUAUGCCGCCGUUGGAGCUCUGUUACCGGGCUGGAUUGCCAGUGCUAGCCCAGCUGUGAACGUGGCGCUCCAAGCCUCCUUCGACUCGGCCCCGUACCUUGUCGAGCUCCUUGAGUCUGCCGCCGAAGAAAAUUCCACGUCCUAUUUUCCUUUGUUGGACCGCAUCGCCGACGGGACGUUUGAGGACCUCACAACCGAGAAGGAGCUAUACGACCGCUUCUUGACAGUCGUGAAGGAUGACGGUCACAUACGGAGUCCGGAGAGUCUUUCCUCCUUCAAAUUGUCGCUUUCGCUCCGAUCAUCAGCACCUCGUAUCGAGGCGCACUUCCAGUUCUAUAACACCUCGGUUCAGCAGUCAUUGAUGGUAGCCCAAGAUGCGGAUGUUGUGGGAGAAUUGGAUCCUAGAGAGCUACCAUUUGAUCGCAUCCUAGGCGAUGUAUCGCUCCCUCCCGCUGUUCUUUACGCAGACGUCGCCUCUCCAAUGUUCAGGGAUUUUCAUGAGACUCUGAGCGACAUGGCCAAACAAGGACAGAUCUCGUAUCGUGUACGCUAUCGACCUCCCCAACACUGGAUUUCUCGUCCCUUGUUUGUCUCUGGAUACGGUGUGGAGCUUGCUUUGAAGCGAACGGACUACAUUGUUAUCGAUGACCGUGAUGCGGAACAGCUCGAAGAAAAGGGCGCCAAAAGUCUUCCAACUGACCCGGAUGAGAGCAAGGAAGAUGCUCCGGAUGACCUCCGGCCUCUGUCUUCCUCCGAAGUGACCCGUCUAGGCUUGAAUUCAGUGAGUUACGUUAUGGGCAGCGCUGAUCCUUUGGGGACAUUGAUCAAGAUUUCCCAAAAUUUCCCCAAGUAUUCAUCGAUAGUCGCUGCCCACAAUUCCACUGGGGAAAUGGCGCAAGAGAUCCGUCACAACCGGUCAAAAAUGUUCCCUGGUGGUUACAAUGCCAUGUGGAUCAACGGCGUGCAAAUGGAUACACAGCAGAUUGACGCGUUCUCACUUCUAGAACAUUUGCGCCGAGAGAGGAAAUUGAUUGAGAAAUUCCGUGGUCUAGGUCUCUCUGCGGAUGAUGUCGUGAAGUUAUUGUCACACCGACUGCUCACUGAAGCCCAAGCUAGUGCCGAGGAGCAACGAUAUGACUACCGGGAUGAUUUAGAAGGAAACCAGGUCAUUAUCUGGCUGAACAAUCUGGAGAAGGAUUCUAGAUACGAGUCUUGGCCUGGUGAUCUCGAGGCGUAUAUCGCCGGUUCUUACCCGGGGCAACUACCCCCGGUGCGCCGAGAUCUACACAAUGUUGUCGUGUCUAUGGACCUGUCUAACCCAGAACACAUGAUGCUUGUUGCUGGAAACCUGCAAUCCUUCGUCAUGCGAGGGAUUCCUGUGAGGUUCGGCUUUGUACCUACAACCUCAUCGCCAGAGUCCAUUGCGCAGCUCAAGGUAGCCCAUUACCUUUUCGAUGCCUAUGGCACGGGGUCUCUUAUGCAAUAUCUGGAAGAGUCCGCCUCGAAAGGCAAAAUGGGCUUCCCAGACAAAUCGUGCUUCCAGUCUGCGAUUAAAGGGUACGACCUCGUUGACGAACAUGAAGCUCUGUCUCUUGAUCAAGUAUUGAAGAGUGAGAAGUAUAAUACCGUGGUGUCCCAAACGGCUGCUUACCAGCGUCGGUUGAGUCUUACUGGCGACGAACUUCAAUUCCUGGCGAACGGCAUCCCUGUCCCUCGCGAAGGCAACUGGAUGCAGGGAAUGAGCAUGCAGGUCGGGAGGGACUUGAAAUUGGUCCAGCAAGGCAUUGUAGAGGGAAUCUUCGAGGAGGACGCAUGGCUUCCGGAGUUCUUCCUGACUAGCGCAUUGGAGAGACGCAAUACUUUCCUCAUGCCAGAGGAUCCGAAGAGUGUACAGAUUGUGGACAUCGCUACCAUCCUUGCAUCGGGUGAAGAAGUACUGAGCAACAUUCCUCGUAUUCUCUCGGACAAGGGAGCCCUAGAGAGUGCUCAUAUGAUAGUUGUGGGCGACUUCGAGUCAGAGGCUGGUAUCAAGCUACUUACCGAUGCCCUCAAUCUUCGAAAAGAGAACGAUGACGUGGAGAUGCUGAUGCUGCACAAUGCGGCAUCGUACGCCGAGGAUGAUGUCCCUAGAAAUCUCGUCACUCUCUAUCACUCGCUUGCACGGGGAGAAUCCAUCGACCAAGUACUGACUAGGAUUGCAUCCGGUGACCUUGAUGCUGAAGUCCUUGAGACUGAAGCCCAAAAGAUCUCUACUAUUCGUGCUUUGCAUCAAACUCUGGCCAAAGAACUUGGAUUCAACCCUGGCACCGAGGGACUCGUUGUCAAUGGGAGGGCAGUCGGCCCUAUUGGGGAGGAACACUCGUUAAGUGUGAAAGAGAUGAGCCAACUAAUUGCCUACGAACGGAUGAAACGCCUUGAUUCCAUUGCGGCAGCGGUUGGCCAACUCGGAUUCGCCGAUAAGAUCUCAAACCCACUUGACUUUGCCAAAUUGACCGCGCUCGUGGCUCUUUCCACUAUCUCGGAUGUCCCUGAAGGUAUCUUCGAGAACACUCCUGAUUUUAGAGUGGAUUUGUCUAGUACAUGGAGGACUGAACACUCCGUCAUCACGGUUUCUAACUCCGAUGAUCCCACAAUUCACGUUGCUGCUAGCCUUGACCCGGCAUCUGAGGUUGCUCAGCGCUGGCUGCCGACUCUGAAGGUUCUCUCCAAACUUGCUGGCGUUCAGCUGAAGAUUUUCUUGAACCCGAAGGAAGAUCUCAAGGAGCUACCAGUGAAGCGGUUCUACCGGUAUGUCUUGGAAUCAGAGCCAUCAUUCACGGACGAUGGGGCUUUGGCUCGACCGCAGGCGUCAUUCACUGGCGUGCCAGUCGAGGCACUGCUGACCCUAGGUAUGGACGUGCCCUCGUCUUGGCUCGUAGCACCUAGUGAAUCAGUCCAUGACUUGGAUAAUAUUAAGUUGAGCUCGGUCAAGCCUGGCACUAACGUUGAGGCCAUCUACGCUCUCGAACACAUUUUGAUCGAGGGCCACUCUCGUGAUCUUACAGCGAAAUCUGCCCCAAGAGGUGUCCAGCUUAUUUUGGGAACUGAGAACAACCCGUAUUUCGCCGAUACUAUCAUUAUGGCUAACCUGGGAUACUUCCAAUUCAAGGCACAGCCAGGCUUGUGGCAGAUCAACUUGAAGCCCGGCCGUAGCGAGAAGAUCUUCAAGAUUGAUAGUGUUGGUGGUCUAGGAUACCGCCCGCAGACCGGUGAUGAGAACAACGAGGUUGCUCUGUUGUCCUUCCAUGGUCGGACUCUGUUCCCUCGCCUGUCACGAAAGCCAGGCCAAGAGGAGGAAGAUGUCCUCGAGACGGGAGUCCAGCUCGGCUCAAAGAUGGACUAUUUUGCCAAGGGACUUAACUUUGCAUCCGGCGUUCUCUCUAGUGUUGGUGUCGGUUCGAAGAGCGGAGGCGAAAAACACGCCGAUAUCAAUAUCUUCUCAGUGGCAAGCGGACACCUCUACGAGCGCAUGCUGAACAUAAUGAUGGUCUCCGUAAUGCGACACACCAAACACACCGUCAAGUUCUGGUUCAUCGAGCAAUUCCUCUCACCCUCCUUCCGCGCCUUCCUCCCUUCCCUCGCCCGCGAGUAUGGGUUCUCCUACGAGAUGGUAACAUACAAAUGGCCACACUGGCUGCGCGCCCAGAAAGAAAAACAACGCGAGAUCUGGGGGUACAAGAUGCUUUUCCUGGACGUGCUCUUCCCACUCUCUCUGGAUAAAGUAAUCUUCGUCGAUGCGGACCAGAUUGUGCGUACAGACAUGUACGAGCUAGUCACCCACGAUCUCCAAGAGGCACCAUACGGCUUCACGCCGAUGGGUGACUCUCGAACCGAAAUGGAAGGCUUCCGAUUCUGGAAACAGGGCUACUGGUCCACCUUCCUCCGCGGCAAGCCCUACCACAUCUCGGCCCUGUAUGUUGUCGACUUGAACCGCUUCCGCGCACUUGCUGCCGGCGACCGUCUGCGCGGUCAAUACCAGAUGCUCUCAUCGGAUCCGAACAGUCUCAGCAAUCUUGACCAGGAUCUGCCCAACCACAUGCAGCAUCACAUUCCCAUCCAUAGUCUCCCACAGGAGUGGCUUUGGUGUGAGACUUGGUGUUCCGAUGAGGACUUGGAGACGGCGAAGACUAUUGAUCUUUGUAAUAAUCCUCUUACCAAGGAGCCUAAGUUAGAUAGGGCUAGGAGGCAGGUUCCCGAGUGGACUGUCUAUGAUGAUGAGAUUGCGGCUUUGGCGAGUCGCGUUGCUGGCGAGCAGGCUGCUGCUGCAGUUGACUUUGUGCAGACUGACGAGGACCGCAAAGAUGAGUUAUAG